GAUAUGUUUUCAUUCGGAAUAAGAACAAUACGGUAAUGAACUCGUUGAUAUUUUUGUAUUGGUUUGAAGUUUGAAUCCAAACGAAAGAAUUCGACGAGUCAUUUUCCCACUGCCCAAACGAGAACAUGCCCAAAGAUUCCAAAAGCUACAGCUACCAAGAUGCCAUUCGCAUAUUUUUCUCGCCUUAUUAUCACGCCAAUUGCCCCUCAAACUCGAACCCAAACCCAACCUCAACACCCUGAACUCCGUACUCACUGCCACUAAACGCCACUCUUAUCUGCUCACUUUUAAAAUCCCCAAUGCCCAUAUCGUCCUUAUCCAAGUCCCUUCUCUUCUUGCACCCAAAACUCCCGUUUCCAAUGGCCAAUCUCACCACCACCAUCGCCACUUCCACUCCAAGGGUUCGUCUCAAGGGCAUCGUCUUCGACAUGGACGGAACCCUGACUGUCCCCGCCAUUGAUUUCGCCGCAAUGUACGAGGCCGUGCUCGGCGGCGACGAGUACCGUCGAAUCAAGGCGGAGAGCCCAUCCGGUAUUGACAUCUUGCACCACAUUGAGAACUGGAGCCCCGAUAAACAGCAAAAGGCUUACGAGACCAUUGCCGAUUUCGAGCGCCAGGGUCUCGAUCGCCUCCAAAUCAUGCCCGGUGCAGCGGAACUCUGCGGCUUUCUUGAUUCAAAACAACUAAGAAGGGGAUUAAUCACUCGCAAUGUUAAGGACUCUGUUAAUCUGUUUCAUAAACGGUUUGGGAUGACAUUUUGUCCAGCUCUUAGCAGGGAAUUCCGCCCUUAUAAACCAGAUCCAGCACCCCUACUGCAUAUCUGUUCGGUCUGGGAAGUUCUACCAAAUGAAGUAAUGAUGGUUGGCGAUAGUCUUAAGGAUGAUGUGGCUUGUGGGAAGCAAGCGGGAGCAUUUACCUGCUUGCUUGAUGAAACAGGGAGGUAUGACUCCCCAGUUUAUGCUAAUGUGGAUCUAAAGCCAGAUUUCAAGGUGUCUUCCCUUAAUGAAGUUUACUCACUAUUGAAUGAACAUUUCGACCUGGCACCAUAAUGUCCGGAGCUUUUGCAGGGAAGAACGGAGAUAUGACCAGGAAGGUAGAGGAUAUUGACAAUAAGUGGUAGUAUUUAGCAAAAUACGAGGGUUGGUCUUCUAUCCAAACCUGAAUUGAAGAGUUCAGUUUCUAUUUUGGUACUUAAUAUAACCCAUUAGUUUGGGAAAGUACCAAAUUGAUGCAUCAAAUGUCAAAUAUUCUAGUUCCUAAAUUAUUUAUCAAAAAAAAAAAAAAAAAAUUUCUAGUUCCUAAGGA